CGAACAGUUGAAAAUUUUUUUAUGCCCUUUCCCGAGGAUCAGGCGGGAGACGACUUUUGACGAGUAGCUUCGCCCGAAUGACGAAAAUCCUUCCAGGAUUCACGUUUUAUGAUUUCGCGUGUAUAACAUCGGCGUAUAAAAACGUUGGGGUUUUUUUUUGCUUAUUUUAUUAUUAAUUAUUUUUUUAUGAGGUUCUGCGCCGAAUAGCUUCAGUGGACAAAAGAUGAGCCUGCUUCUCUCUGAGCGGGUAACAGACUACAUGCCUGUUGAUCUCCCUGCUGAGAUCCCCAAGGCAGAGAGUGAUUCAGACAGUGGAGUUGGUUCACCCAUGGAGGAGGCUGUGACUGAUGCCACCACACCUGUUAUUCAGGCUCAAGAAGAUUCAGAUGACGAUAUCAUCGUGAACCGGAAGGCCCGCACCCGGAAGGUUCUCCAGGACAGCGACAGUGAGAAAGAGGAAGACCUUGACAAGGUGACUGAGGCUUUGGUGUUGUCAGAAUCCAGCGGCGAUGAGACGAAGUCCAGUGAAAGUAAGGGGCCGAAAAAGAGCCGGGGAAAGAAGGUAUCUCGGAUUGCCAUGGAAAGUGAUGAGAGUGAGGAAGAUGAGAGUCAAGGAAAACCUAAGAGAAAGACCAAAAAGAGGGGGACGUCAGAGCGACGCAGAGAAAAGGAGAAAAAUGGAGUGAAACAACUGGAAGAAAAGACAAAUACCCCUGAAGAGUCCCCUUUGCCCAAAGCUUUCAAUGACAGUGGCUGUCUACUGGGUGAUAAUGACCUGUUUGAUGCUCAGCUCGAGGAGUCUGACACGGCGGAGGGGGUGGUGGAGGAAGAGGAGUCCCUAGAUGCCAUCAGAGCUGCUGUAAAAAAGAAGGCCAACAACAAGCACCAAUCAGAUGAUUCUGAAGAGGAUGAAGGACAGGAAGGCAGAGCCCAGCGCAAGGAGAGGAAAGCCGCAAGAGCAAGUAAGGAGGCAAUGAAACAGCUCCACAGUGACAGUCAGAAGCUUGUUAGAGAAUCUACAAUAGGACUACCAUACCAUAUGCCAGAGCCCAAAGGCAUAGACCAAUUCUUCAAGAGAAGAGUUCGUCCUGACCGACCUGCUAUGGCAUUACUGAAAUCUGCCAAAUACCAACACUGUAUUGUUGUGGCAUCUUCAACCCCCUCUACUACACAAAACCAGUCUGAAGCACCAGAACAGAACCUGAACCGACAGGUGGAUCUGAAUGAACCCGAUCCAGACAGCUGUAUCCAACAGGACAGUGCUACAAAUGAACCCAAUACACAAACUGCUAAUGAAGCUGCUGAGAAACAAUUAGAGGUUGCAGGUGUUGAGCUCCAAAAGCCUGAGGCCAUGGAAGAAAGUGUUCUUCCGUCUGUGGACAUGUCUGAGAGUUCUACUAAAGAGAAUCCUGACAUGUUUCAGGUUCAGCAGACUAAGUCUGGGACAGGGCAGUCAGGACAGGAUGACUCUGUGCCUGCUGAACAAGGCACAGCAGUGUCUAAACCCAAGAAGGAUAAGCUGGCUAGAUUGCGUGAGCUGGGCUUGGAGCCUCCUCCUGUAGCAAAGCUGUGUGCAGAUGAUGGAACUUUUGUCCAGCUGGAACUGCAGCAGGCUAACCCUGGUCUAGAGGCUCUAAAAGAACGUUUUCUGAGGCAUGUUCAGUCUGCACCACGGUCUAAAGGAGAGCGAUUACUUCAUGUAAAUGUGGUGAGAAAGGACAGCACUGCCUCUGGACAGGAGGAGCUGCAUGCUGAAUCCUUCACGGUCACCGUUAAUGAGGAGGAAGAGAAGCCUACACACACUAAGCCAGGAGAGAAGCUGGUUUUACUGAGGUCUCGUUUGCAGCAGGCUAUGGCUAUUCGCCGGAAGGAAGAAAGAGAACGUCGGGCUGCCCUUCAUCGCCUGGACAAUGAAGACUGUGAGGAGGAGGAAGAGGAAGAGGAGAUGACUGAGUCUGAGGAGGAAGAGGGUGUUGAAGAUUUGUUGGGUGAUGGUGAAGAUAGAGAGGAAGAAGAAUCAGAGGAAGCCAAAAGUGGUAAUAAAUCCAAGCAAAUUGCCUCUUCUUGCUUUAAAAGUCCAUCUCCAACCCCCUACGCUGAUGGCACUCUGAUGCUGUUUGCAGGCAGUUCUUGUUCCAGAACAGGGGAUGGUGUUAGGCAGUCUGGGCAAGCCAAUCCUGAAAAUGAUAGCAAAAUGGAUGAUGAGGAUGGCCUUUCCUUGAACAAGGACAACAGUCAUAACAGCAGCUUUGAACUGACUAGCUCCACACUCCCCUCAUACCAGCCAGUGAGCCGUGCUGCAGGCAAAGGUCUUUCAGCGGCCGCGUUCCGCUCACCCUCGCCCUGCUUCUUCAGGCCCAGUUUCCUUGGCUCAGCCUCCAAGAGCUCUGGUAAGCUGUCUGAACCUUCCCUUACACUCCCUGUGGAGGACUCUCAGGAUCUUUAUGGUGUUCCUUCUCCUGAAGUUGGGAACUCUCAGGGCCUCUUCUCUCAAGAGGAGGACACGCAGUCACAGCUGUUGGAUGCGGACGGCUUCUUGAAUGUCGGACCCCGUGGCGGCCUGAGCCACUCACACAAACGGCAGUUAAUUUUAGAUAGCCUGGAUGAAAACGCCAUGGACGCCAACAUGGGUGAAUUACUGGGUCUCUGUUCGGGUGGCUUUGGCUCUGCAAAACCGACUCAGCCAGGAGUUGAGGAUGAGCUGCUGGGCCUUUGCUCUGGGGCAUUCUCUAUCCAGCCUGUGGAACCUGGCAGACAACCCAAGGAUGAGACUGAGGCCAUAGAGGCAAAAAGCACUGUUAUAGACAGUCAAAGGAGCUCAGACACAGACAUGGACCAACUACUUUCUCUCUGCUCUGGAAAGUUUAUAGACAGUCCUGCUGCUUCUCCAGUGCAACCAGGUUCAAGCUUUGUUCUUGAAGACGAAUCUGACAGUAAGAACAAGGAGGAGGAAGGGGAAGAGGAAGAGGAGGAUGGCAACUGUGAGUUUCGGCUCUUGUCAGAUGACAGUAACAGUGAGAAGGAAGACAUUGAGGGGGAAUCGGAAGUUGAAGAAGAUAUGGGUGAUGAGGUAGAAGAUGAGGAGAGGGAAGCAGUAUUUAAGUCCAAAAAGAUACGCAUGGCUAACUUUGUGGACUCUGAGGCUGAACUAUCCGGCAGCGAUGUCGGUAGUGAGGAUGAAGAUGAACAGGGAGGUGAUGAAUAUGAAGAAGAGGAUAUACAGGAGCAGCUUCCAUCAGAUGAGGAACUGAUGGACCAAGUCAACAAAAUCCACAUGAAACAUGUCCUAGACGAUGAUAAGCGUAAAUUGCGCUUGUAUCAGGAACGUUACCUGGCUGACGGGGAUCUGCACUCGGAUGGACCUGGUCGAGAACGCCGUUUCCGCUGGAAGAACAUUGAUUAUGGUUUUGAGCUUGGGGUUGCUGCUGAUGGGGAAGAGGAAGAGGAGGAGGAAGAUCAUGAUCAGAAUGAGCUACAAAGACACAAGGAAAGGAUUGAGAGAGAGCAGUGGAUUCGAGAGCAGUCUGAAACAUCAAAGAGAGGACAAGAAGUAGAAGAGGAGGACAAGAUUGGAGAGGAGGACAGUCAGUUCAUGAAGCUGGCUAAGAAACUAACCGCUAAGGCACUCCAGAAGAAAGAGACCUCUACAGUGCCUAUGCAAGAGAAGCCAGUCUCUAAUGUCAACCCUUUUCAGAAGCCUGUGGUAAAGAGAGGAUCUUUGCUUAGCCAGCCACGAGCAGUGCUGCAGAAACUCGCCAAUAUUUCUGACGGCAACCCUCUAGCUCCACGUAACUCUCGAGGAUUCCUUUUCCAGACUUUAUCUCCAGAAAAGGAGCCACCCACAUCUGCCAACCCAAAGAAACAGUUAAAGAAAAGGGCUCAGACAGACACUUUGGCACCUGCUGCAAAGCGACCAUGUCGAGAAACCUCAGUGAAAUCUGUUGGACCUCCAAGAAGUAUUUUCAAUUAUUUUGAGAACUGAAACUGUUUCAAAGCCUCCAGUGAAUCAACUUAAGUCUGUUUUGAAUGUUUUAUCCUGUAAAUAUUGUGAUUUGUAAUUCUGUAUUUUUUAUUUGUAAAAUUAUAAAUUAAAAAUUUAUUUUAAACAUG